UGCUAGGCAACGAUAUCCUCUCUCUUGCCCGCAGAGGACUGUUGCUAGGCAACUCCAUCCUGCGAUCUUGGAGGUUGAAGGCUUUGGAGUUUGCUUCUGGACAGACCUCCAGGGGGCUCCCUCCUCUGCUGUCGCGAGUACCUCUGACUUCCUUAUGCACACAAGCUUCACUCUCAUCCCGAUUCGGGUCUCCCUCCUCACUCUGAUGGCCAGGAAUAAAGGUGUCCAAAUUUCUGAAACUCCAGGUUAGCUCUAAUCCCCAUUCCCCUCUGACUGCACCCAAAAGGAAAGAAGAUGAUAUUACAAGCCUGGGUGCCCAAGAGGAUGAUAAUUCAAUUGAUUGAAGAAGUAAAAAACAAAAUUACAGAUGAUAUAACGUAAGAUUGAGAAGAAAUAGAAAUACUAAUUGGGAGACAGGUUUUUCAAGAAAUGUAGAGAAAAGAGAUUAGAGACCCAAAAAACUCACUUUAUCCUUCCAUUCCUGCUAAGGGAUGCUAAGAAAGUAGGAUCCUUCUAUGCUAGAUCUCUUCUGCCCUUUGUAGCUAAACUCCUCCAAAAGGCCAUCUGCAACUGGAACCUCCAUUUUCUCUCCCCUUUCUUCUUAACCUCUGUACAAUUUGGCUUCCACAUCUUGAAUGUCCAGUAGCAACUUAAACUCAAUACAUGAAAUUCAUCUUUUCCCCCUAAAACUUCAUCAUUCCUACCUACCCUAUUACUACAGAAGAGGCUAUCUUCCCAGUGACUCAGGCUCACAAGCCAGGACUCAUCUUGGACUCCUCUAUUAUGCCACCCACCCCAAGCUGUUGCCAAGGCUCAUUUCUCAAAUACAUUCUCUUUUCUCUUCCCCACCCCCUACCCCCCAACCCCCAGUGUAGGGUUCUUUGUCUUUAGGGGAAGAGAGUUCUGUGAAACGGGUAGGUCUUGGGUCCAAAACCAGGGAUCACUGGAUCCAUUCCCAGAACACAGGAACUGGAGUGUCAAAAAAGGGACAACUGGAACCUGAAUCAUACAGCUUCUAGGAAAGAAAUCUGAGUGGAUUCUAGGCCUCAAUCUCAACCCAAAAGAGAAAGGGUUCUUGCUUCCUGAUCCCAUGGUAGUCAGAUGUCAUUGUCAAAUCAGAAAAUCACACAUUAGACUUGAUUUUAGCAAUGAAAUUCUAUUCAAGAGGCAUUGCUAUCUAUUUUGCAAAUGCACCCCCAAGGACUACUAAGGGUCUUUCUGUUGGGAUGGAAACCCUCCCUAUAUUUUCUCCCCCAUUAGCCCCUGAGCUUCUUGACAGCAGAACCAGUCUUAAUUUGGGUAUUUGUUUCCCCAGUACACAGAGCUUAAUGAACGCUUUUUUAUUCAUUUGGUCAGUCAUAAGUUUAAAUUCCAGUGGGUACAAAUUGGAUGAAGGCAGAUGGCAUCACAAAGAAGCCCAGAUUGACUUUACACUAGGAAUUCUGGGCUGGUUUAAUAGCAGAAAAUGAUUCAACUUAACCAUAUCAACGGCCAUCAACGCAAAAUGUGUGACAUCAAAACAGCCAGUUUAGUUCUGACCAAGUGCCUGGCUUCAUGGGUUGUAUUGGGCGGUGAUGAAGCCACCAGCCCCGAGAAAGUGAGAGUGGUUGCCAGGCAAGCCAAUUAGCUUCGGCCAUCUUCGAACUGGGCCUUGGGAUGGUGAAAGCGAGAAUUGGCUUGUGGCCAGUAGGUCAAGGAGGCGAGAAGCACCUGCGAAACACCGGUCGCCUGGGGAGAGAGCUCAGCUCUCCGCAGAGCAACUGACUCCGGUAUAUGUUUCGGCUGGGCGAGUCCAGACCACCGCCGCCGCCACCUUUGAUAGAGGCGCGCGCACUUCCUGAAGUGGAAGCGCUGGCAGAGCAAAGAGAGCAUCAGUCCCGAGAUCCGUUCUCGCAACCCCAGUUAAGGGGCUGCCGCCAUCUUUGAUGUGGGAGUAAACACUUCUGACAACGGAAGCGGAGAGGGAUAGAGUCCGGAUGCCGCCAUCUUUGAUUCGGGCGCACGCACUUCCGGCCGGCUGGAAGAAGAGGGACCGCUUCCCGAUCACAGUGGAUGUCGUCGUCCUUGUGUGCCGAAGCGCGGGGUUGAUCCCUGCGUGAUCCGUGCGCCGCCCCGCAGGGCCGGCAUGGCGGAGGAGAGCACCGAGGGUGCCGUGCACCUGCUCUGCCUCACCACCUCGAGUGGAGUACCCCUGUUCUGCAGGAGCAGCCGCGGGGGCGCCCCCUCUCGUCAGCAGCUACCCUUCUCCAUCAUCGGCUCCCUCAAUGGCGUGCACAUGUUCGGCGCGAACAUGGACGUGACGCUGCGCUCGGCACGCACCAAGGACACAGCGGUGGUGUGGAAGACUUUCCAUGAUAGCAUCAGCCUCAUCGUCCUGUCUUCGGAGCAGGGGUCCCCAGAGCUCAGGCUGGAGCGGCUGCUGGAGCUGGUGUUUGGGGCCAUGGUCCUGCUGGUUGGACUGGAAGAGCUGACCCAAAUCCGCAACGUGGAGAGACUGAAGAAGGACCUGAGGGCCACCUACGGCCUCAUUGACAGCCUCCUGCUGGACUCGGAGCUCAUGGGGGACCUGACCCAGUGUGUGGACUGCAUCGCCCCUCCGGAUGGGCCCCUGCUGCAGGAAGCCCUGGCGGGCAUUGCCGAGGAGAUGGGCAGUGUUUUUGCCAGUCUGGUGGCCAGGGGCCGGGUAGUAGCGGCUACCCAGGGCUGGUGGCGCCUUGGGGCACCGGAGUCGGUGCUGCUGCCCUGGCUGGUGGGCACCCUCCCGGUCCAGGCAGCCCGUGACUACCCUGUCUAUCUGCCCCACGGGAGCCCUACGGUGCCUCACCGGCUCCUGACACUCAUGCUGCUGCCAGGCCUGGACCUCUGUAUGCUGUGUGGCCCUCAGCCCCCUCUGAGCCAGGUGGAGCCUCAGGUCCUGGAGCGCUGGUGGCAGCCGGUGCUGGAGCCACUCAGAGCCUGCCUGGCCCUGGUACCCAGGGGGCUUCCUGCAGGCUUCCCUGUGCACCCUGACAUUCUGGGCAGACUCCUCCUCCUGCACCUGGAGCAGAGACGUGGCCUCUUCACUGUGGAACUCGGUGGGGUGGAAGGCCCUUCUCCCAGGAGCCGGCGGCGCCUCCUGCGUUCCUUCUACGUGCUGGUCACUAGCAGCUACUUCCCCCCAGAGGCAGGAUCACUGGAGGAGAAGGCCGAGGAGCAGGGAGGUCCUGCAGAGGUUGCCAGAGCCUGCUAUGUGGUGUCCGAGGCGGCCGAGGGCCCGGGGGGCCGGGGCAACCCCGGGGCUGGGCUCCGGCUGGUGGCUGUGCAGGCGGGGCCCCGACGGCUCCUGCUGCUGGUGAGUCCCCGGAGCCCAGCCCACGGCCUACGGGGCCUGGCCACCCGGACCCUGCACGCCCUCACCCCAAUCCUCUAGACCCCAAUAAAACGCCCACGGCCCGGCA